GCACUUGGGACUGCGUCUCAGUUGCACUGACAUUUCUUUCACAGGGAAAGCUCUGUGCUGGCAGGAACAGCACCAUAGCUUAUGUGAGGAAGGGAGUAGCAUUUUUUUGCAUAAGAUUCACUUAAAGCAGAAGGUUCAUUUUUCUGGCUGUUCCCCAUUGCAUCAGGGACGUAGUGCUGAGCUAAUGCAGGGAGGCGUCAAGGCGCAAGCUGUAUUUAGAGUCAGCCACCUGCUUGGGAACAUCAAGCUGCAGAAAGAGCCUGCUUCAGCAAAACCCUCCCUGUGCAUUCCACAGCAGCGGCUGCCAGCAGGCCCUCCCUGCUCUGCCUGACCCUGCAUGAGGCCUCCAAAGGGGUCAGCACCUGAAGACAGACCCCAUCAGCCCAGGAGUGUCUGAGCCUGGCACUCCCUCUGCCCAGGAACUGCCAGAUAUUUUGGACAGCUGCAAGGUGGAAUUAAAUCACGUGGGUGAAGAGUGGCCUAAUCUCUACAUAGGCAAUAUACAGUUUCUUUACCAAACUGAAGAAAACGGUGAGUGAACCAAAGCAGCAUGAAAAAAUGCAAACAGUACAAAAAGAAAGCCAUUUUUUUAGGAAAAAAACCCCACAGCUGUAUCAACCAUACUUACAGCUCAUCUCUGAAGGGCUUAGGAAGAGACACUGCAUGAAAGCAUCCAUUGGCCACAGAGGUGGCAAGUGGGAAUGAAAACCUGUCUCUGAUACAGCCUGAGUGCAUGCAAAGGAACAGCAGGAUGCUUCGCACCAGAGACUCUUCACCUCUGACUAGGAGCCCUAUCUACGAAACACCAUCACUAACAGAUCUCCAGCAGCUCCUGUGGCUCAGAGGAGGCUCUGAUAAUCAUGUGGACCAAGUCUGGCCAAAUAUCUACGUGGGAGAUGCGUGGGCUGCUAGGAGCAAAGCUACACUUCAAAGCCUCAAAAUUACUCAUAUCCUUAAUGCAGCAGAUGGACCAUAUAACAUCGACACGGGAGCCAAAUAUUAUGCAGAUCUGCAAAUAGAGUACUAUGGAAUAGAAGCAUUUGAUGAUCCUGCCUUCGAUUUAAGUGUCUUCUUCUAUGAUGCUGCCAAUUUCAUACGCAAGGCCCUAAACUCUUCAGGAGGUAAGGUGUUCGUUCAUUGUGCCAUGGGAGUGAGCCGCUCAGCAACUUUAGUGCUUGCCUUUCUAAUGAUCCAUGAAAACAUGACACUCGUGGAUGCUCUGAAGACAGUGAGCACUCACAGAAACAUCUGCCCAAAUAUGGGGUUCCUCAGCCAGCUCCGGGACUUGGACAUUAAACUGAAUGAAGAGAGGAAAAAAACCAAAGCAUCUGCCACCACAGGCCCAUAAGAGAAUAUUGCUGAAACAAAGAGGACAAAAUCCUGCCUGCAUCUCCUCUAGAUGAACUGCAUUUAUAAAUUUAGGACACAAGUUUAUGGGACACCAGGACGCAUGCUAUUAAUAAAAGUAGAUUUUGCUUGAUCUUUCCAUUUUGCAAAGCCUUCCUAGAUUUAUAUUUAUGAUUGGUUGUAUACUCUAUCCUUCACUCUCCACCUUAAAACAUUGCAGUCUGCUAGCUUAAAAGAAAAAAAAAAAAGAAAAAGAAAGAAAAAAGAGAAAGAGAUCAGGUUCCACUUCAGAAAUAGCUGUGUUUCAGCAACUAGUGGAGCUCAUAUCACUUUAUGAAGUGUUAGGCUAUUUGAGGUGAAAGAUGCCAUAUUAUUUAUGCUACAGUAAUGCUUAGAAGUUUUCUUAUGAACCUGCCCCCCACCCCUUCACUCCCUGUAUCUCAGAGGGUUUGUAUUUUGAGACUUGAAUCUGGCACUGGUUAGUUCUUACUUUUGCAAUUGGUGGAGCUCCUGAGUGGGGUAAGAGGCUGUUUAAAGGCAGAGCAGCUGGGAAACAACGUAAGCCACUCUAAGAAAUUAUUCCAGGUAUCUCUACAGGCCUUUCCUUUUGGCUGUUCAUUAGAGCUUUUUUCCUCCAUGUAAAUACAUUUCCUUGAGGGGGCAUUCAAAUAUUGUUCAUCUUACAUACUAAAAAUCAUCCAGGAAAUGCUGCAGAAAAUGCUUCUAAAGAAGAAGGUGGGUUACCAGCUAAGGCUGGUGCAGGAAAAUAUUUGACAAAAUUCAAUGUAUCCCAAAUUUGUCUGGUAGUUCAAAAUUACAAAACUUGGGAUUUUCUUUCUCAAAAAUAAAAGGCUAUUAACAUUGCAACAUCA